AUGGCAUCCUCAGCUGAAGCCGCUUCCCCAGGUGUCUUUUCUCCAGCGGAAGAGACGCCGCGGCAGUGUAGAAAUGAUAGCCGAUCAAGGCCUAGUGUUGGCUCCGAUUCGCAAGCAGCUGAGGCGCUGCUGAGACCGCCUGAGGCUUCCUUGCAGCUGCUGCGAGACUGCCUGCCCUCAGUGACAGCCGCUGCAGCAGCUGCAACGGCGUCUAGAGUGUACAGCAGCAGGCUAGCAUGCAGCUCUAAGACCACUUUCCAGAAAAGUGUUCAUCUGCGACAGCCUGCCUCUUUUGCCGUAGGCAGCGAUGCUGCUGAUGGCGCUGCGAAGUUUCUUGUGCGGCUUGAGCCUGGCGAGCAGCAGCCGGCGUCUGCUGCGAUGAACAGACUUCCAGACGGCGGCAAAGCGGUGACGACGACGACGUCUCUGCAAAAGAAGGUGCCAGAAAAAAAAAUCGAACAAAAUCAUCGGCAGCAGCAGCAGCAGCAGGAGGACAGGAUUGAAGAGAUUGCUCGUGCCGUACGGCGUUACGAUGCUCUUGGCGUGGCCUCUCUCGGAGGUGCUAACAGCAGUCUUCCUGAGGAAAAGACGCAACCAGCAGCAACUCCUGACUCGCCACAGCAGCCGCAAAGCCUCGCAGAAGUGCUGCAGUCGGCUCUUGAGGCUCUUGAGGCCAGCGUGCUGCAGGGAGCCUCCGGCGCUGCAGCUUCCGUAGCAUCAGCAGCAGGUGCAGCAUCAGGUGCAGCAUCAGGUGCAGCAUCAGGUGCAGCAGCAGCAUCAGAUACAGGAGGAAGGCUUACCAAGGAGUUGGGCGUAGAGUUGGUGAGUCACCUCUCGUGGAUUCGCUGGGCAUGCACACGCGUAGGUCUUGACAUGGGGGGGCCCCUUGGAGCUUUUCGGCUGCGAGCAGCGAAGUGUUUGGGAAGCAGGAACGGGAGGGGGUCUAUCCCUCAGCCGACACUCGUGUCUAGGAGGAUCGCGACGCCUUGCCUCUUUGCCCUGAGGGAGUGGCUCGCGCUGCAGCAGCAGCUGACGCGUUCAGAAGCAUUAAAUCCUUUGCAGCAAGACGAGCAGCAGCAGCAACAACAACAGGAGUCGCUGCAACAGCAGCAUCACAUUGCUGCUGCCUUGACCGAAUUGCUACAGCGCGCUGCAGAGGAGAGCUUUUUGAAGGACGGCGUGGCACUCCCUCGCAUUCAGAGCCUUACUGCGCUUCUCGCGGAUGACGCUGCAGCAGUGCGUAUCCAGAUACAAGAGCAGCGGCAGCAGAUACAACAAGAGCAGCGGCAGCAGAUACAACAAGAGCAGCGGCAGCAGAUACGACAAGAGCCAGGAUCGGCAGCGGCUGCUCCAGACGCAAAGGCAACUGCAGAGGAGGGAGAGGCAGCAGCAAGCGCGGAGGGCGUAGAUGCAGAGGCGUAUCUGAAGGCACUCACUGAGAAGGCUGCAGCACACAGGCAGCAGUUGCUGCUCGACUUUGCGCAGCAGCAGCAGCGGUUACAAGAGCAGCAGCAGCAGAUACAGCAGCAGCGACAGCAACAGCAGAAACAGCAACACCAGCGCGUCGCCUCGCUAGAAGCGGCGGCAGCUAUCCGCACGCCUCUGCAAUCGGCCCCGUUGGGGCUCCCUUCACGGGCUGCUGCUGCGGAUUGGACAGGGGGGGGUGUCUCCCCAGGUGCUCUUGGCGAUGAAAGCAAUGCACUGGAUGCGGCUCACAUCACCGUUGCAUCUCUGGCGCAGCAUUUGCGACAACCCGAGGAACGAGUGCUUGAACUGGCGAAGGCGCUGUUAGAGGGCCUCCCGGGAGCUCCUGCAGUUUCCCUAGGCUCCACGAUGACGGAGGAGGAGGCUGAGUUUCUUAGCGAUGAAUUGGGGUGUCUGCAGCUGUUGCGGCUAAGCAGCAGGGCAGGCAGCGGCGCUGCACGGCAGCAGCAGCAGCAGCAGCUGCGAGCUCCCCCCGUAAUUGCCGUACUAGGCCACGUCGAUCAUGGGAAAACUUCUCUGCUGGAUGCCCUUCGGAGGUCGAGCGUGGCAGCUACCGAAGCGGGUGGAAUAACUCAGGCCGUCAGCAGCAGCAGCUUCCGCCUCUCUUCUCUACGAACACACGCCAGUCAGCAGCAGGGGCAUGGCUUGCAGCAGCUAGUCACCUGCGUAGACACCCCGGGGCACGCGGCUUUCGCCUCAAUGCGCCGUCGGGGAGCCGCAGCCACCGACUUGGCGAUUUUAGUGGUGGCAGGAGAUGAAGGGGUCAAGCCGCAGACGGCAGAAUGCGUGCGCUUGCUUGCCGAGAAGAACAUUCAGACCGUGGUCGCUGUAACAAAGAUGGAUAGAUCUGGAGCCAGUGUGGAUCGAGUGAAGAAAGACCUGGCCGCUCUUGGGGUCGUUAGCGACGAAGAUGGUGGCAGUGUGCCGUUCAUUCCCGUUAGCGCAAAGACCGGGGAGGGCCUUGCCGAUCUCGAGGCAGCAAUAGCUCUCCUAGCCGAGGGAAUGCCUCACCUGGUGGUUCCGCCUCCUCCGCUUACGGGAGCUCCCGUCGCUGCAGCGCGCGGCCUUGUUCUGGAAAGCAGAGUAGACCCUCACAGAGGCCGUCUGCUGCACGUUAUCGUGCGGUCCGGCUUCCUGAGGGAAGGGGCCUGGGUUGCUGUGGGGCCCCACUACGGGCGCAUCAAGAAAAUGUACGUGGGUUCAGCAGGGGGCCCCACGGAGGGGCCUAAACAGGUCAAGUGCGCCGGAAUGAAUGAAGCCGUGGAGAUUGGGGGCCUGGGUGAUAUGGAGGCGUCUGCGGGCCAGCUCGUCGUGCAGGCGAAAAACCAACAGCAGGCUGCCAAGCUUGCGGCCAUGGCGCAAAGGGCUCAACAGGCUCGCGCGCUCCAAGCACCGUCGCGUGUCGAGAAGCUCGAAGCAGACUCCCAGGUUACGACAGCGUCUUCCCCCGACGGGCUGCGUCAUGCUGGGGCCAGCACCUUGCCAGAAGUUGCGGUGGUCCUAAAGACAGGAGACCAGGGCAGCCUUGAGGCUAUUGUGGACUGGAUGGAAAGCAGGAACUCUCAAACGCAGAAUAGUGCAAUCGAGUCAUCGCGUGUAGAGGAAGCUCUCACAGCAGCAUUGUCGAGAGCGCAUGCAGAAGAGGAAGGUGCACACGAAGAGGAACAAGCGAGGCGGAGCUCGCUUCUGCAACAAUGGCGGCCUUUGAGGGUUGUUAGAUCUGGGGUGGGCCCCGUAAACGCCUCAGACGUUCGAUACGCACAGAUGACAGGGGCUGUUAUUCUGGCCUUUGGAGUUUCAGUUCUAGACCACGUUCAACAGGCAAUUGAAGAGGCGGGUGUGCCCCUGAGGGCUCAGAACAUCGUGUACAGGCUGUUUGAUGACUUAGAGUCUAUUUAUGAUUUCCACUUUGGCCCCAAAUUUGAAAUGGUGCAAUCGGCGAGGGCUCAGAUUACCCAAGUAGGGAGCUACGUCCUUAAGAAGCGGAAAGGGGGCCUCCAGACGGUGGUGGGCCUCGAAGUCAAGCAGGGCACUCCGAAUACGCAACACGCAUAUUCUUUGGUGCGGAACGGAAAGACACUGGUCGAAGGACUAAAGGUCAAGUCGAUGCAAAAGAGCAAAGAAAGCGCCACUUCUCUUGCAAAAGGAAGCCGCGACGGUGCCAUCAUUUUCGACAGUCCAUUCGAGUUUCAGGAGGGAGAUGUGCUGAUCGCCUUUGAACAGAGAGAAAAGUGUCCUCCGCCCUUUCUCUCUGGCCAUCACUUUAUGCGGGCCCCUGAGUGA